UCUGCGGCCGGGCCGGCGGCGCUGGCUGGCCCUGCUUCCAUACUCUCCGUACAGAGGCUUUCUCAGCACCAGCCCGCACUGCCCAAGCCCUCCCCCUCCCUCGCCAACCAUAUACCGGCUCCUGGGAACAAAGCUCGGGCGGCAGGGCCCCGGCCGCUACAGCAGAGCAGCGGCGGCUCCGCAGCUCACGGUUCUCCUGGUUUAAAGCCCGUGUCCUCCCCCCCCCCCAACAAUCCCUCACCCCCUCCUCCCAAAGCAAAGGAAAAGGAGGGGGAAAGAGAGAGAGAAGGAGCGAGCGGCGGUCGAUGUGUCUUGUGUGCGUGCUGAAAGACAGAUCGCAGCCACAGCUGCCUCCACGCGUCAGGAGCCGAGACCGUUCCGAGGCACUAACAUGCAUACAGCUGAGGACGUGAUGUUGCCCACCUAGGAUCAGCCCAGCAGCCCCACACCAACAUUUGCCCCCCCACCCCCCCCCAGGAUGCUGGGAAUCUGCAGAGGGCGCAGGAAGUUCCUCGCAGCCACGCUCACUGCUCUCUUCGUGCCGGCGUUCACCUGGAUUUACCUGUUCUCGGGGUCCUUUAAAGAUGCAAAGCCUGUCUCGCUAACUCCCUACGAAGCCCCUGCAAACAGCCCUCAAUAUGUGUUCAACCAGAGGGAGCGGGAAUCCCUAGAGGUUCGCGUGCGAGAGGUGGAGGAGGAAAACCACGCCCUUCGGAAGCAGCUCAGCCUCGCCCAGAACAGGGUCCAUCGCCACAGAAACCAUUCCAAGAGUUAUUCCACAGAGGAAGGCACCGGAGACAAUGAGGGGGUCCACGCCGUGGUUUGGAAUGGCUCAGAGUGUGGCAGACGGCCCACUGUGGAGAAGUGUGAGACAAUCCACAUUGCAAUUGUGUGUGCGGGAUACAAUGCCAGUCGUGAUGUUGUGACACUCGUGAAAUCCGUUCUAUUUCACCGGCGAAACCCUUUGCAUUUCCAUUUCAUUACUGACGCCAUUGCCAAGCAGAUCCUGGGCUAUCUCUUUGAGACGUGGAUGGUGCCAGCAGUGACAGUCAACUUUUAUGAUGCUGAUGAAUUGAAGCCAGAAGUUUCGUGGAUUCCAAACAAGCAUUACUCAGGGAUAUACGGGCUGAUGAAACUGGUCCUCACCAAGACUCUGCCUGCUUCUCUGGAACGGGUUAUUGUUCUGGAUACUGACAUCACCUUUGCUACAGACAUUGCUGAACUUUGGGCUGUGCUGCACAAGUUCAAAGGACAGCAAGUUCUUGGUUUGGUGGAGAAUCAGAGUGAUUGGUACCUUGGGAACUUGUGGAAGAACCACAGACCUUGGCCAGCAUUGAGUCGAGGGUACAACACAGGCGUCAUCCUGCUGCUGUUGGACAAGCUGAGGAAGAUGAAGUGGGAGCAGAUGUGGCGACUGACAGCAGAGCGGGAAUUGAUGAACAUGUUGUCCACUUCACUGGCUGAUCAGGAUAUUUUUAAUGCAGUCAUCAAGCAGAAUCCUUUCCUGGUGUACCAGCUUCCAUGCUUCUGGAACGUUCAGCUGUCAGAUCACACCCGCUCCGAGCAGUGCUACAAGGAUGUGUCAGAUCUCAAGGUGAUCCACUGGAACUCUCCCAAGAAGCUGCGAGUGAAGAAUAAGCACGUGGAGUUCUUUAGGAACCUUUACCUGACGUUCCUGGAAUACGACGGGAAUCUCCUGCGCCGUGAGCUGUUUGGCUGCCCCAGUGAGAUCGACAAGAACAGUCAGAAUCUUCAGAAGCAGUUGUUGGAGCUGGACGAGGAUGAUCCCUGCUACGAAUUCCGGAGGGAACGAUUCACCGUCCAUCGCAAUCAUCUCUAUUUCUUGCACUAUGCAUUUGAACCAUCGGCAGAACAAACUGAGGUCACGUUAGUGGCCCAGCUCUCCAUGGACAGGCUGCAGAUGCUGGAGGCGAUCUGUAAGCACUGGGAAGGGCCCAUCAGUCUGGCCCUCUACCUGUCUGACGCCGAGGCCCAGCAGUUCCUCCGCUAUGCACAGGGCUCCGAGGUCCUCAUGAGCAGGAGCAACGUCGGCUACCACAUCGUCUACAAGGAAGGGCAGUUCUAUCCCGUCAACCUGCUGCGGAACAUUGCAAUGAAACACGUCAACACGCCCUACAUGUUUCUAUCUGACAUCGACUUCCUGCCAAUGUAUGGUCUCUAUGAGUACCUCAGGAAGUCCGUUGUCCAGCUUGACAUGGCUCACACAAAAAAAGCUCUAAUAGUGCCAGCGUUUGAAACACUCCGCUACCGCCUGUCCUUCCCAAAGUCCAAAGCGGAGUUAUUAUCCAUGUUAGACAUGGGAACGCUCUUCACUUUUAGGUAUCACGUUUGGACGAAGGGCCACGCUCCAACGAACUUCGCCAAGUGGCGGACGGCCACCACCCCCUAUCAUGUCGACUGGGAGGCAGACUUUGAGCCUUAUGUUGUAGUAAGGCGCGACUGCCCAGAGUAUGACAGGAGGUUCGUCGGCUUUGGCUGGAAUAAAGUAGCACAUGUCAUGGAGCUGGAUGCGCAGGAAUACGAGUUUGUCGUCCUCCCCAAUGCAUACAUGAUCCACAUGCCUCACGCCCCCAGCUUUGAUAUCACCAAAUUCCGCUCCAACAAGCAAUAUCGGAUCUGCCUGAAGACCCUGAAGGAGGAGUUCCAGCAGGACAUGUCCCGCCGCUAUGGGUUUGCAGCUCUCAAAUACUUGACUGCCGAGAACAAUAGCUGAGACCCCGACGGGCGGCCCACGAGCGACCUUCACUUGUAUCACUGCGAAGAGUGAAAUGGGGCUGCUAUGUACAGCAAGACGUGCAAAAAUCGAAACCAAAAUUUACGUGUGUGCCCGCCAGCUGUCAGGCUUUGGGUGGAAAGGUUGUACUUACAAGAGUUUACUUUGAGUCCUCCGAAGUCGCUGUUAGAAUAUUCCUGUUGUUCACUAUUUAAGGCCUCUCCACCGUCCCACCUCAUUUAUUGCCUUGCCCUCUUGGUGGUCACCAAUGUCCAAGCAGCCCCUUGGGCUAGAUGGUUCAGGAUUCUGUCACAAGAGCCAUCUCUGCAACAUUGCCUGUUGAUCAGAGGAGCUCCGUCCUUGAGUUCACCCUUCAAGAGCUUACCACUUUAUUCCUGUGGCCUCUCGUGCAAGCACAUGUGCGUGCACACACACGCACAUUCACGCACACGCACACACACACACACAAUCAGUAGGUGCAGUGGAGAGCACCAGUAACAGCUGCGCUGUUCCUCAGUUGGUGUAAUUCAGUAACCAAGUGUUGAUGAGUGUUGGUUUCCCUUGACUGUCUUUUUCCAUUCUUAAUCCUGAGAGCUCUUGCACCAAUUCCCCAGCUGCCUCAGGAGCCAAGCCAUGUGGUGAACACCCCACUGUCUUUUGCUUGUAAAAGCAAUGUCAAUGGCCUUAGAUGCCAGCUAAUAUCUCAAAAUCUCUUUCUUGCUCUUUAUUUGUUUCAGAAGUAAAUGCCAGUAGAAUUAAGGGUGGUUGUAUCCAAUGGCAGAAUAUAAAUAUGCAACAACAUUUUGAAUCCUGUUGUGUUGUCGGUCAAAUUUUGUGGGAAAAGAGUGUCUGAUAGGGCUUGGGAAGGGAUGUACUCCCUACACAUGAUCAGAGUAAAUGUAUAAAAAAUAAUAGCUUUUCAGUUUUCCAGGUUCUUUGACAGAAAGUCAUAGGUUCCACCCAUAAGGCUAUGCUUUGCUUUUUAAAUCAUAAUCAACUUCUGAAUCAGAAGGAUGGGAUCAUUUGUAUUAUUGACCUCACUAGGAGUGAAUUAGAAUCAAAGAAAUUAAUGGGAGGUUUGUUGUGGCUGGUGGUUAUUGCAAGGUUUCCAGUCGCUAAAGAUUUAGAUUUGGAAGUUAUUACCAAUGAUUAUAUGCGAAGGACGUAUAUUGAUGCAAACUGGUGCUUCUGAAGAGGAAGAUUAUCUGUGUUCAAAGCUAGUUAGUGCUGCUGAAUUCUUUAAAUGCUGAUAAAAUAUAUCAAAACUUUCUGGAAUGGCUCUAGGAGGUCAGCUUUAAAGUUGAAAUUGUGAUCAACAUAGAGAUGUCCUUGACAGACGAGUCAAGGAUGAUUUUAUGUCCAAAUCCAAAGGAGCAGAGCUGAGACUUGCAACUUGUGGAACUCAGGUUAUCUAGUUGGUGAUGUUAAAUUCAUUCAGAUUUUUCCCUUGUUUGAAAUUUCCAUUCUUUCUCCAAAAGUUCCCAAUGAUUCAUUUUUUUUUUACCCCAGAGCAAAUUUAGGACAAGCUGCCCAGUGGAUCAACAGCUGGGGCAGUUUAGAAGGACAAUUUAGAACUUUAUGCAGGAAAUUAAUGGUGCAAUGAGUGGAGACAAAGACUGACAUUUAGAGGAACCUCCUUCAUUCAUUUUUCCUUUGGGCUAAAUAAAUAAAUUGUGCGACAAUUUAAAAUAAUAGACCAGCAACUCUGCUGAACCUGCUGCAUUUGAAGAGUUGUACAGCAAGGAAACAGGCCCUUCAGCCCAACUCGUCCAUGCCAGUCAAAAUGCCCAUCUAAUGUUUGUGCCCAUUUCUGCAUGUUUGGCCCAUUUCACUCUAAAUCUUUCCAAUCCAUGUACCAUGCCAAAUGACCUUUAACUGUUGUUAUUGUACCCAACUCAACAACUUCCUCUAUCAACCCAUUCCAUAUCCACAUUCUAGUUUUUGCUUCCCUUUCCCUGGGAAAAGGGCUGUGUGCAUUAACCCAACCUAUGCCCCUCAAGACUUCUAUACACCUCUCUAUAAGCUCACCCCUUCAUUUCCUACUACUCAAAGAAUAAAGUCCUAUCCUGCCCAGCCUUUCCCUAUACCUCAGGUCCCAACAACAUUUUCAUAAAUCCUCUUCACACAGCUGAUUGGUAUGUGCAUCAACCUUUAGGAAAUCUCCAAAAUCAAUUGGUUUUAUUUUAUCUCCUGCCGUUACUAGUUUAUGAAGAGUGUCAAAGUAUGUCCAUUCUUUCUGUUGGAGUACAGAUUGUCACAUCAUCCAUAAUGGAUGAAUAUUGAUAAAUCCCACAGUAUAAUCAGAAACAAAAAAUAAUUUUAUCCUCUUAGCAUCCCAUUAAGUAAUCUUACUACUGUUAAUUUUACCACACCCUUCUUUGACCUCAGGGAGAGCAGGAUGAAUGAACCUUUACUUCAUCACUAGUUGAUAUAAGCCUCAGGAUGCUUGGGUUAGAGCACAGUGUUGGAGUGGACAAUCACCGGAAGACUGUUAGACUGUUUAAAGCAUCGGUUAGUUGCUUGCAAAUCACUGGUAGGUUAAUAGAUAUUGUUUGGAGUUAUUGGAUAAUUAACACAAUGAAAGACAUUCUUGAACUGUAAGAACUGCUUUUAAAGUCCCUCAUUUGUUGGUCUGUUAACAUCAUUCAGUUAUCGCUGGUACAAUUGUACUCCUUGAAAUCAUCAAAAGCCAGCUACAAGAUUAUAUGGCAAGAUGUAUUUUUUGAUUUCUUGAUCUGUUUACUUAUGAUGUUAAUUGGGGUAUUACUGGGCCAAUUAUGUCACUGCUGAACUUUUAAAUACUAUUUAAUUUAUGGAUUCAUUGUUAUUUUUGGAGUACAAUUAGAAGUCUAGUGAAUGGUUGAAAUGCCAUCAAAGGACUGCUGGACCACACAAUGAAUGUCUGGAGACACGUCAGGCUAUUUGGAAUAUCAUAGACUGCUGUUAUUGGAGAUAUAGAUUGGAACUCUGCAAGUACUACAAGAAUGGUUCACGUGCUCCAUUACUGGGUGAGAACUAUUGACAUCUUAGAGCACAAUGGAGCACUGUGCUAGAGUUAGGAACACCACUGGGGGGUAGCUGAACAACCGGGGACAGCACUGGAGAUGGUUAGACAUUUGAAAAAGCAUUGAAAGUUGGUUGGGCAGCUAGGAAUAUCAUUGGGGGAUGGUUGGACAGCUGGAAACAGUACUGUGAGAUGUUUGCACACUAGGAACACUUUUGGAGGAUGGUCCAAUGGCUAGAAACACCAUUAGAAGUGUGUUGGGGAGUUGGAAACACUACUGUAGAUAGUUGGACUGCAAGGAACAGCAUUGAGUGAUGGUUGGGAAACUGGGCACAGCAUUGGAGGAUGGAUAAGCAGCUGGGAACACCAUUGAAAGGUGCUUGGAUGGCUGGGACUGUCAUUUAAGGAUGGUUGGGCAGCUAGGAAUGUCAUUGGGGGCUGUUUGAACCACUAGGAAUGCCAUUGAAAGAUGGUGGAACAUCUGGGAAUGGUGACUGGAUGGCUAAAACAUCAUUAUAUUUUGGUUGGCGAGCCGGAAACACUAUGUGAGGUGGCCAGUAACAUCACUGAAGAAUAGUUGGACUGCAAGGAACACCAUUGGAAGAUUUUUGAACUGCUCGAAACGUCAUUGAAUGGCAAUUCGAUGGCUAGAAACACCACUUGAUUGUGUUGGAAAGCUGGAAAUACUACUGUGGGGUGGUUAGGCAGCUAGCAAUACCAUUGGAGGAUGUUUGGGCAGUUAGGAACAUCAUUGGAGGAGGGUUAUACAGCUUAGAAUGCCAUUGGAGGAUGAGUAGGCAUCAGGGAAUGCUAUUGGAGGAUGGUUGGACAGCUGGGAACGGACAAACAGCUUUGAGGACUACCUGGAUUUAAAACGAGGACAGUCAGAAAACCUGUAGAACUGGUGGAUUGUUUCCAAUCAUUGUACAACAGAUUUCACUCUUUACCACAAUGAGCUGAAUGACUUUGAAGAGAAGUGGUCACUCAGCACAAAAGCAGAGCUGCCUUCUGUCUUUGU